AUGCCUAAAACUAUGGCGACAUCCGUGGCCGUACAUCCGCCGACCGUCCACCCGACUCGUGAUCAUGGCCUUGCUCGUCCUACCUCCAAACAUGUCAACCUUUCACCUCCUCAUCACCACGGCCGAUCGGCCUCAACGGCGUCUCCUCCUGCUAUCGAACGUCGGUCGGAAUCGUUGAUGGCAUUGACCACGACGGCCACACGACGCCCUCCUCCCGCUGCCCUACCUCACCCUGACAAACCUUCGGAUCCAUCCAUCCCGUUCUGUACACACUGGCGGGACUAUUAUCCCGGUCCACCCCUCGAUCCCGAAACGAUCUUACCUAAACCCACGUCUAAACAACGAUUCUACUCUACCAAAUGGAAACUGGACAAUCCUAAUCCAAAAACUCGGGAAGGGGCAAAGGCUUUCUACGGGUCCGGUAUGGGUAUGGGAUACCCCGGUAUGAUGGGUGGUAUGGGCGGUAUGGGCGGCAUGGGUAUGGGCGGUAUGGGUGGAAUGGGCAUGGGCAUGGGAUAUCCCGGUAUGAUGGGGAUGAUGAGUGGAAUGGGGAUGAUGCCGGGGAUGAUGGGUGGAAUGGGCUACGGCAUGCCCAGAUAUAUGCCUGGAGGAAUGUACGGAGGUAUGGGAGGAUACGGAGGUUAUGGAGGGAUGUACGACCCAAUGAUGGGCUACGGUACGCCACCUGCCGCUCUCUUUGUAGACGACAAUCCCGAUGCUCAUCGUAUCGAACACGCUUACCGACAAUCUAUGCCAGAUUCCUACGGUGUCGGCCUGGGUAUGAUGGGCGGUAUGGGAGGCGGGAUGGGCGUCAACGCCAUGCCAGGCUCCCAGAUGCUAUUGUACGGCCGGGGGAUGGGCUACGGGGGAUGGUACGCCUAA